ACCCCCUCAAACUCACAGUUUGGAUGGUCAGUCGCAGCAACAGCAGGUGUCAGUUUCUCACACCAGAGUUGUCGCCUGCACACGAACAACCAUAAGGCUCAUUAUAUACAUUUAAGUUUGUCACAUCUUGUAUGUCAAAAUGAAUGUGAGAGGCAUUGGGCUGUGGAUGCUGUGUUACCUGGCGCUGACGGCUGCUAUGUACUUUGAUCUGGGUGAGCAGGAGGAGAAAUGCCUUAUCGAGGAGAUUCCAGGCGACAUGCUGGUCACAGGUUAUUUUCUUUUGGAGAAUUGGGACGCAAAACAGAACCUUAACCAUAACUCCCCUCAUCUUGGCCUCACUAUCACCGUGCGAGAUCCAAACCACGAUAUAUUGAUGAAAAAAAGAUAUGGCAGAUUUGGAAAAUUCACAUUCACAUCCCACGCCUCUGGCCCGCAUUGGUUGUGCAUGCAGUCCAACUCAACAAGGUUUUCUGUUUUCGCCGGUGAAAGGCUGAGGAUUCAUUUUGAUGUGCAGAUGGGAGAGCACUCCAUUGACCCCAGUGUUGAGAGGCACAAAGACACAGUCCAGACCAUGGAGUACAGCCUGGAGCAUCUGAGGGACCAGAUCCUAUACAUCACCAGGCAGCAAGACUUCCAGAGGGAAAGAGAGGAGACUUUCCGUCAGAUCAGUGAAGAAACCAAUGGGAAAGUUUUGUGGUGGGCUGUUGUGCAGACUUCCGUUCUACUGUCAGUUGGAUUUUGGCAAAUCAAAAGACUGAAAGACUUUCUGAUUGCAAAGAAGUUGGUUUGAUAAGCUUGGCUUUAGGGACGGAUUUAUGUCUUGCAGUACAAUGCAAAGUGGCCACUAGAGUCUGCUAUUCCAAAACUAGACUUAGAUCAGUGCUGAUGCAUCUAUUUUACUGUACAUUCUUCUUGAGACAAU